AUGCCGAGCGAAUUCUUCAAAAAUCCUAUGCACUCGCGUACUUCUUCCUGCUCUACAGCGCAAGCAACAAUUGACGAGCACACGCUCGCGACAAUGUCCAUGUACAUCUACUCCCAUCGUGCUACCCCUUCUCUUACUCGGCCCACACUGUAUGCAUUUACAUUCCUCUGUGCUGGGCAUGACACCACAUUGAACAGGAGCGGUGGCCCAUUGCUCACACCUAUCCAAGAUGAGUUGAAUCCGUCCACAUCUUCCACUUCACUCUCGCCCUUCGAUCCAGAACGUCCCGGAGAUACACUCUUCCAGAGCAUGCAACGUGCACUUACAGACACGGCUUCGCUUGCUGCUCAAAUCAGUUCGUUCAACGCUCCGGAUCUCAACCCCGGUGCACCACUCACACUCGCUACACGCUGUCGCGCAAGUCAACCUCCAAACUCGCCUCACAAGUACAACCUCGACCUCUGCAAUCCGUACAAUCUCACAAUCCACACACAACUCAACUUGCAGGGACCGAGUGGCGACUAA